AUGGCUCUCGGCAAGAGAGACUUGGAAGCUCCACAAAAUGAGGCCAUUACGGAAGAAGAAGAUGAGGACUCGCCGGUCGAACAAGUCCGUCUCACCGUCUCCACUCACGACGACCCUUCCCUUCCUGUUUGGACGUUUCGAAUGUGGUCUCUGGGCUUGCUCUCCUGUGCUCUACUCUCGUUCGUUAACACCUUCUUCGGUUACCGGACCGAACCGCUCAUCAUCACCAUGAUCUCUAUCCAGGUUGUAACGCUGCCAAUUGGCCGGUUCAUGGCGAAGGUUCUGCCUGAGCGGACAUUCCGGCUCGGUUCGUGGGAGUUCUCGUUAAACCCAGGACCGUUUAACAUGAAAGAGCACGUCUUGAUCUCCAUAUUCGCGAAUGCUGGCUCGGAUUUCGGUAACGGCACCGCUUACGCAGUGUCGAUUGUGGAUAUUAUAAAGGCUUUUUAUAUGAGAAACAUCUCUUUCUUGACCGGUUGGAUCCUAGUUACCUGUACCCAGCUUUUAGGGUAUGGCUGGGCUGGAAUGAUGAGAAAGUACGUGAUAGAUCCAGCAGAGAUGUGGUGGCCAACUAGUCUUGUGCAAGUCUCACUUUUCAGAGCACUGCAUGAGAAAGACGAAAACAGAAACGCAAUCUCCAGGAGCAAAUUCUUCUUCGUAGCACUCGUAUGUAGUAUGGUUUGGUACGUGGUCCCAGGUUUUCUGUUCCCGACCAUUUCCAACCUUUCCUUGCUAUGUUUGCUGUACCCAAAAUCAGUACUGGUUCAGCAAAUAGGAUCCGGAAUGAAGGGCCUAGGAAUCUUGUCCUUCACCUUCGACUGGUCCGUCGUAGCUUCCUACCUCUUCAGCCCUCUGAUCACUCCCUUCUUCGCCAUCGCCAAUAUUUUCGUCGGCUACGUUGCUAUCGUCUAUGUUCUCAUUCCCAUAAGCUACUGGGGGUUUAACCUCUACGACGCCAAAAACUUUCCCUUGUUCUCCUCCCACUUGUUUACCAGCCAAGGCCAACCCUACAACGUUAGUGCGAUUGUUAACGACCGGUUUGAGCUGGACACCGUGGCAUACGCUCAACAGGGCCGCGUAAACCUCAGCACCUUCUUUGCUCUUUCUUGCUAUGGUCUCAGUUUUGCCUCAGUUGUUUCCAUUCUCACUCACGUUGCUUUGUUCAAUGGAAAGGAUAUAUAUCAGACGUUCCGAUCUUCACGCAAAGGAAAGGAAGAUAUACACACGAGGCUUAUGAAGAAAUAUAAAGACAUUCCUGGUUGGUGGUUCUACCUCAUCCUUGCGCUCUCAUUAGCUCUGUCUCUUUUUUUGUGUAUCUUCAUGAAACACGAGGUUCAGUUGCCAUGGUGGGCGCUACUCCUUGCGACUGCUAUUGCCUGUAUUUUUAGCCUUCCCAUAAGUAUCAUUACAGCCACUACAAACCAGCAACCAGGGCUAAACGUUAUCACAGAGUACAUUAUCGGUCUGAUUAUGCCUGGGAAGCCAAUAGCCAACGUUUGCUUCAAAACGUUUGGAUAUAUAAGCAUGAGUCAAGCUGUUUCCUUUCUCACUGAUUUUAAGUUGGGACAUUACAUGAAGAUUCCUCCAAGAUCAAUGUUCAUAGUUCAGAUUGUUGGAACCUUUUUAGCGGGCACCGUAAAUAUGGCGGUGGCCUGGUGGCUACUAACGACCAUUCCCAACAUAUGCCAAGACACUUUGCUUCCUCCAGACAGUCCCUGGACGUGUCCGGGCGAUCGCGUGUUCUAUGACGCGUCAGUAAUAUGGGGCUUAUUAGGGCCGCGCCGAAUUUUCGGGUCAAUGGGACGUUACAGCGCCAUCAACUGGUUCUUCUUGGGUGGCGCAUUGGCGCCCGUUUUGGUUUGGCUGGCUCACCGAGCCUUCCCGAAACAACGUUGGAUCAGACUUAUAAACCUGCCGGUGCUCCUCGGAGCCACAUCAACCAUGCCGCCCGCGACAACCUUGAACUUCAACAGCUGGUUGCUUGUCGGGACAAUAUUCAAUUUCUUUAUCUUCCGGUAUAGGAAGAAUUGGUGGCGGCGCUACAACUAUGUUCUCUCGGCCGCGUUGGAAGCAGGGCUGGCUUUCAUGGCGGUGAUCUUGUACUUCGGCUUUGGCAUGAGGAAUGUGAGCGUUGAUUGGUGGGGAAGUCGGGGAGAGCACUGCGAUUUGGCUUCCUGCCCAACCGCACCUGGAAUCCAAGUUGAUGGAUGUCCAGUUUUUUAG